AUGGUCAUAUUCUUCCCCAAAUCUCCUCCCAUCCGCGACAGCUUCCACCGCUCCAUGGCCGUCGGGCUCGGCUGUGACCUCAAGCCCGCAUCAAUGGCGGAGCUGCCACGCCCACCCGAGAACUCGAGGGGCACGAUGGCCGUCGAGAAUGAGAUCCCACAGACCAUUGUUGACCCAGAGUGGUGCGGCAUUGUGGCUGGAGGGUCGUUGUGCUGUCACAACGCUCCUGUGCAGAGGGCUGUUGUCUUCCAAGGAAUAAACACUGGCCGUAGGUUUUACGGAUGCGGUAAUGAGGAAGGAGACAAUUGUGGUCUGGUGCAGUGGAUUGACCCAGAAUGGCCAGAACCCAUGAAAAAUGCACUUCGCAAAUUUUGGGAUAUGUAUGAGCAGAGUAGCAAAGAGAAUGAAGCUAAACAAAAGCUCAUACUCAAACUGGCAGAAGAGAAGAAGCUAAUCCAGGAGAAGCACCACAACCACAUCAAGGAAACAAGCAAUUUUUUUGCAACAAUUCAUAAGAAUGUGAUGAAGGAGAAUUACCAGAAGAUUAUGCAGGAUGGUGAUGUAGAGAAUGCUCUAGUUCAAGCCCAGGAAGAGAAGGCUAAACUGGAGAAAGACAGUAUUGAGCUUAGGACAGCACUGCAAGUGAUUAAGCAGAGCAAUGAUGAACUUGUUAGGAAUUGGAAGCAACAUGUAGCAGAUGAAGGUGUUCAACAAAUUGAACAGAUGAAGAAGGAGAAGAAGAAGUUAGAGUAUAUCAUAGCUGAUUUUCUUAAGGAUGGGGAGGAAAAUAAGGUGAAGAUGAGGAAAAUCAAAGAAAUCUGUGAUGAGUGA